CUCAAGCGCCGUGGAGCAUGUCAAAGAGCAUGUUCAACCGCAACACCGUUUCGCUACGGUUUCUUGAUUGGACGACAUGUUUCCUUGCAACGGUGUUUAACGGCUUUGAGUUAUGUUUUCUCUCGUUUGGUGCUUGCGUCCCAGGUGACACACAAUCAGCAAAAACGUGUCUGUAAACUCGUGGUAAUAAUAAGGCACAGCCCUUGCGCACAUCGGGGUGUUCAACGCACGCCCGUUUCAGUUAAAAAAAACAACAACAGCGUGUUGCUACGUUUUGUCCGGGCUGAACGUGGCCCUGGUGUAGAAUAAACUGCAAGACGUGUAAACGUAGCUAGUGCUGAUUAAUUAAGCAACAAUGUCCUCAGUUGAGUAUUUGAGAGAGUUUGUCAACGAGCGACUAGUUGCUGCUGCUGAAGAAAUAUUCAACGUUUUUGAAAAAACUAUCGUUGAGUACGAGGGAGAACUCUAUCGUCAGCGUAGACUGUUGGACGUCGUUUGUAAACCCGAAAUAAAGUUACACAGAAUAGAGCUCCCACAGCAACAGGUCUGUAAGGAGGAGGAGGUUCAAGCUUACCAGCAGCUUUGUGUGCUGGAGAGGAUCUCCAGUCCUGACCAAGAGGACCCAGAGUCUCUGCAGAAUAAAGACAAACAGAAGGAACUGUGCACCAGUCAGGAGGGACAGCAGCAUGUACUGAAGCAGGAGACUGGUACCUUUAUGUUGACUCCUACUGAUGAGGAAAAGGACCACAGUGAAGGUCAUCCUUAUGCCACUCUAAGUGCAGCAGAGAAAGAGUCUGUAGCCUACAUGCCAGUUAUAACCUCUGUGGUAUCAGAAGCAAACAGUGACCACCAGCUCCUCUCUCACAACUCUCAUGCAGCCGAAAGCCAAGAUCAGAAAGGAGGCAAGCAUGGAGACGCGGGAUUAACUCGAAAUGUAGAGCCAGAACCAAAGAAGAGACAUCAUAAGAGCAGAAGUCACAGUAACAAUGUAAACAACCCUAACUUGUCAGUGAUUCAAUGUAUAACUCAAGAAGGUAAAACGCCUUUCAUAUGUGGCGCAUGUGGGAAAGACUUUAGGAGAAAUUCAGGUUUACAGAAACAUCUGAGAGUCCACGCAGGUGAGAAGCGAUGCGUUUGCAAGAUCUGCGGAAAAAGAUUAAGUGAUGCCUCGGUGCUAAAAAACCAUAUGAAAAUCCACACAGGUGAGAAGCCUCAUUCUUGCAAGACAUGUGGAAAAGAUUUCAAACGUAAAGGUGGCUUGUUGAUCCACAUGAGAAUCCACACAGCUGAGAAGCAGUAUUCAUGCAAAACGUGUGGGAAAGAUUUCAGACGUAAUGGUGACUUGUUGGUCCACAUGAGAACCCAUACAGGUGAAAAGCCGUAUUCUUGCAAAACAUGUGGAAAAGAUUUUGCACGUAAUGGUAGCUUGUUGAACCACAUGAGAACCCAUACAGGUGAAAAGCCGUAUUCUUGCAAAACAUGUGGAAAAGAUUACACGCGUAAUAGUGGCUUGUUGGUCCACAUGAGAACUCAUACAGGUGAAAAGCCGUAUUCUUGCAAAAUGUGCGGGAAAGAUUUUGGAAGUAAGGAUGUUUUCCGACUCCAUAUGAGAGUCCACACAGGUGAGAAGCCAUAUUCUUGCAAAACAUGCGGAAAAGAUUUCAUACGAAAAUGUGACUUGUUGGUCCACAUGAGAACCCAUACAGGUGAAAAGCCGUAUUCUUGCAAAACGUGUGGGAAAAAUUUUGGACGUAAGGAUGUUUUCCGAAUCCAUAUGAGAAUCCACACAGGUGAGAAGCCGUAUUCUUGCAAAACAUGUGGAAAAGAUUUCACACGUAAUGGUGGCUUGUUGGUCCACAUGAGAAUCCAUACAGGUGAAAAGCCGUAUUCUUGCAAAAUGUGUGGGAAAGAUUUUAGAAGUAAAGAUGUUUUCCGAAUGCAUAUGAGAAUCCACACAGGUGAGAAGUAGGGCUGGGCGAUAAAUCGAUUUUAUCGAUUAACUCGAAUGUGUA